CGGCUCAGCGGUGUGCCUCAGGUCCGGCGGCGGCAGUGGCAGAUACAAGUUCCAUAACAUUAUUUGAGACAUGGGGUGUGGUAGAUGUUCCUGGUAUAAGUCUUCAGCUAUUCCUUUCUGUUGAUUAGGAUUACUUUCUUAUUUUAGGGAAUGAGUGCUUUAUAUUUUUUUUUCAGAGAACACAGAGAAUAGACAUGUUCAACCAAAGGAUUCAGGGUCAUAAGAUCAGGUUCUCCUUUUCAGCAAGCUACAGACAGUGCAAUCUUAGCCAAGGCCCCCUUUAAUGCUCUGGUACAUCUAAGAAAGUAGGUAGACUUUAUAUUAAAGAUUGUGUACGUUUGUGGCACUCCCCAUGGUGCAAGGGUGAAGUGCAUGCACAUUAUUUUGGAAUGAUUUUUGCACCAGGACAAAGAGGUAUUUCAGCUACACACUGAAAAGUGUUUGUGCAGCCACUGCUAGCCUGGUCUCUAGCAAGCAUGCACAAGCACAUGCCCACUUUACAUCACACAAGCAGUGAUGUUUGGGUUGCCAUGACAGGGAAAGAUACUAAAAUUUGCUUCUCUAUUGGUUUCUUACCCAGGUUCUUUGAACCCCUAAGGUUAAACCAGAAGCAUAGUGAGAGUACGAGUUCUUCAAGUAUGCUACUGCCUACAAGCUAUGAUUUUGAAUAACUUGAUCAACUGCAAAUCUGGGUGUGAAAUACAAUUUGAAAAAUAUUUAUUCUUACAGGUAUUUCUGUACUGACCAAUAGCUUGAAGCUCUCCGGGCAAUUACAAAAGCACAUAGGAUACAAUAAAGAUACAGUAUAAAAUACAGAUAACAGUAAAAACAUCAUAAAUUACAGGACAGAAUGUAAAUACUGCCCUCUCACAUCCCAAAAAUACCUAUUAUGAGAGAAGAUAGUAGUUUUCCAUUCUGACUGCUUCCCAUGCUUUGAAAGAAACAAAAAGGCAGAGGUAACCAAAGUAUAUAAUAAUAACCUCCUGAUUUUGGUUUCAGGUGCAAAGAGUUUAUUCUGGAUUGUUGGGCUAGGUGGACAUCACCCUGUCAGUAUUUAAAAGCUCCUUUUUCAAUUUAUUGGGUUUUGGGUUUGUUCAGCAGAAAAGCUCCCAAAUAAGGAUUGAUGUUGUUCUGACCUGUGGUGGGGAGGUCUGCUUUUAAGUUCAAAUUCAGUUUGACUUCUUGUUCUUUGACCUUCUUCUGUUUUGUUUGGUUUUUUGUUUUGUUUUGUUUCUCCUCUGAAGACUUCCUUUCCUUGUUAAAUUUCAGUUAUCUUUCUCUUAACUGCACAAAGGGUUACCAUUUUCCUAGUAAUAAAAGAAGUUAAAGGAAAUGUUUAAAAAGGAUUCUGAGCCUAGGACAGUUCCGGCUUUGGGAGAAUACACACACCUUCCCUUGCUUGUGUCAGGAAGAGAGAUUAGCCAUGGAAUUUGGGGGAAUGUUUUGUUGUCUGUGCUUGCCUGUCCAGUCUCCACUGUAAUUCCCCUAACCCAGCUUGUCUCCCAAAACCAGAUGGCUCCUGCUGCAAGGGCAUUAGGGAGGUCUUCAGAAUCUGCAGGUCUCCACUGGAGUUCUCGCCCUCUUCAGCUUGUUUAUUCUCUCCCAGGGAAGCCACAGCUGAUCUGGUCUCAUUCCUGUUUUUGUUGGCUCAUCUUCUUUAAUAACAACAACAAUAAAAUAAACAAGCUCUCAGUGUUAAGUGGACUAUCCUGCCCUGGUUACACUCUGCCUCUUUGUUCAUCACUCCUGCUGAUAAACUGGAGUAUAAGAAUUAAUAGCCUUCUCUCCCCAUGUCUGUAAUGAAAUGAGGCCAACUUUUAACCUAUGCCCGCAGGUCUGACUUUGAAGACCCUCUGUGUCACACUGUAAUAUUUUUUUCAUGAAGUGUUCUUAAAAGAGCGUAACAGAGGACAUCCGAUUUUGCCCGAACACCUACCGGCCUGUAGCAUAAGGGUGAGCUGAGGGUGAAAAGAAAAUGUGGGUUAGAUUUGAAAGAAGCUGAAGUAUGGUCAAUAUGUUUUAAGGAAAGAGAACCAGAAUCGCAUCAAAAUGAACAGAAGUAACCUACUACACAGAUGUACCACAAGAUAACCUUGAUAUUCCCAAGGAAAUCCCUAGGAGGUGAUUUGCAAUGAGUAGACAAGGCCUCCAUGAUGAAUUAGACACAUCUUAGGAGCAAGGCAAUAGUGGACAUUGAAGGAAGAGCUGGAAAAGCUGGGGAAGAUCUCUUCAGCAGCUGGAAUAUACAUCCAGUUUGUUUCAGUUCCCCAAGAGAAGAACCAGUUUCUGAAAAAAGUCUAGCUCGUCUGGGGAAUCAUAAAGUUUUGAGAGCGCUGUGCAUUUUCAAGUUUUCAAGGAAUCUUGGGGAUUUAUCUUCUUCAACUCCCACCUGUCCCCCACCUGGUGGAUACUGGAGCCAAUGGAUCAGAAAUAAUUCUGGGAAGAAGUGGCAACAAGCUGCUUGUGCUGUUCAUUUUGAAAUAGGAAUGAUUCUUAGGCUGUCAUGUGUCUCAGUGCUUAGAGUUGAGGCUGUUUAAGGAGCUUCUGGCUGCAAAUCUUCUUGCUUUGGCUAAGUAUGUGAGAUCAUGUUGGGCUUGUAAAGUCUUAACUUCUCAUGUGAUUAUGCCUUGAUGUGCCCUGUGAGGUCUCGCAAAUGGCAAUAUAACUGUGCUUUAGAGGCAGAGGGGCUGGAAAUGUGUUUGCUAGUCAGUGUAAGGCAGUAAUUUGCCCCUUGUGUCACUUUUUUGUCAGUCUUCUGAUAGUGGUGUCCAGGAUGCAGCUUACAUUGGUUCUGUCUAUUGUUGUUCAUUCUUAGGCCAAGCUGUUCUAAACCCUUCAGCCUCACUUAUUCACAGUUCUGCAAAGGCUUGUGACCUUGGCUUCCUGUCACUCCCACCCUUGUAGCUCGUCCUUUCCAACCUCUUGCAAUGCCUCUCAAUCAGUCACAGUGAGCUCGUGACACUCCAAGCUCUUUGCUCUUGUCUGUAAUCCCAUUUACUGCUUGUGGCCCUGUUGACAGGAUUGACAAGUGUGCCUGUGAUGUGCUGCACUUAACCAGUGGGUGGGUGACUUGAUAUUUCUUCUUACAAGUAGGUAGCUUUAAAAUAAAUAAAUUAUAUUCUGCAAUCAGAAAAUUAAAUUCUGUACUGCAAGGUUAUUGCAGUAUAGUGGUACAAUUUUACCUGCAGAAUUUUACGAGUAUUAUCAAUGACUUGGAGGAACCAAUGGGGGAAAUUGAAGGCAGUACAUUGGACAAUUGAUGGAAGUUGUAGCAUAUGAAAUAACAUAGGAGGACUUCUGUCCUGACAGGCAGCCUAGAAAUAUUUUAAAUACAUAAAUAAAGAGACACUGUGGGGCUUGAUACAAAGUAUUUUGUGGUGUAACCCAUGAGAUUUUUUGAUGUUUGCAGAAGCUGCCAUGAUGUGUCCAGUUUUCUUUUUUAAUCCACAACCAUAAGGACUAGGAACUUAUCUUUAAAUUAGAGAGGAUGGAAUUCUAAGAAUUUUGAAGCAGCUCCACUUGAAUCAAAUUCUAUGAAGAUGGCAGGCAUACACAUAUUUCUAACCGCUGUCAACAGACUAAUCACAACCUAAUAGUCUCAGAAUGUAGUCUUUGAGAUGUGUGGGAAAGAUGAGUAUAAUGACAGGGUUCAAUCUCAGCCAUCACUUCCCUUUGCAUAGCCUGGUGGAGUCACUCACCAUAGUAGCAGUAUCUUCUUAAGCAGUAUCUUCAAAUAACGGCCAAAUAAGGCCAUACCCCUUUCCCUAGACGUGCAGAAGCAGCACAGCUUUUCUUUUAGCAGUGACAUGUGAAUUGACACUGUUUUCCCUUGUCCUGUUCUUGCCUCUCAUGUGGGGACAGCACUUCUGGGUAUGAGAUUUCUCUCUCUCUCUCUUUCUUUGCAUCCCAGAGAAAUGGAUUGGAACCAGUUAACAGCUGGCCCUUUCCCUGCUGAUGCUGAGUGUUUGACUUGAGGGUGCUGAGCUGACCUGCUGUGCUCUCAGUCUGGAAUGUCAUAUGCUUGUCAUGUGGAGGGAGCUUCCCACCAGAGCCCCAGGGCUUAUUCUCUGUAGCCAGCAAAGGAGAGCUGGACCCAUCAAACAAGGAGGUUGCUAAAUCAGCUGUCUUGAGCUGUACAAGAGCCUUUUGUUCUCAUUCUCUGGGUUCUUUUUGUGCCUUAUCUGGUUUCUCUCCUUCACACCCCUCACUCCCUCUUAUGCUCUUUUUGCAGCCUCUCCAGGCUCCCCGGCUUUUUGGGCUUAGAAGGCAGCUAGCUCCCACAGAGGGUAUCCUGUAUUUUCAGGCCCCAUGUGUUUGGCUGUUUGUCUCUGUAUCUCUUACUCAUUUCCUUCAUUCAAUAGCAAUAAUGUUAAUGGCAAGACAAGGUAGCCAAGUGUUGCCAAAGCAAAUCCAUCAAAUACUUCUCAGCAGCACCCCCAAGCCCUCGGGAGCAGUUUAAGUGCAGGUCCUUUUAAUAAAGGUGGGGGCUGGUAGCUUUGGUGUGUUAAGCCGGGGAGGGAGAAGCAGGAGUCAGCGAGUAAGGAAGCAAGCAAGAGUUCAGCCUGGCCGAAUAUCCUUUCUCCUCGCCACUGGCUGGGAAAGGGAGCGUGUGUUCUCUUUGUCAGCAUCUGGCUUUGUUGAGCUGGCCAGUUCCAAACAGGAUGUUUCAUUGUUGCAGGAAACAAUUACAGAUCUAUCAUUAACCAUUGGCCUCUGAAAGGAGGAGGCUUGUGUGUAGCAGAGGGGACAGGAUGGAAUGAGAUGGCAGCCAACUGUCCUUCCACACAUGAGCCCAAAUAAAGACCUUUUCCGAGCAGGAUUGCAGCCUCCCCCCUCCUGUAAAGCCUGCCCCUCUAGAGGCUCCUGGCUGGCGGGGAGGAAGAGCCUGUGUGUGCACUGCUGCCUGCCAGCUCAGGACAGAGGUGCAUGGCUCAGUGCUUUUCAGAGAUGUUCUGCUGAGACUGAAACUCAGGGCUGGCUGCUCUCUCUGUCAGAUAUAUGUUUAGGUUAUAACAUCUGCUCCCACGUGUCAUUCCCAAGUUGAAAAUACCCUUUACAACAGAGUCUGAAAAGUGAUACAUCUCUGAGUGGGGAGAUCCUGGUGGACCCUGCUAACCCCAUUGGACGUUCAGCAUUGCAGUAUGAGAAUGUUAUCGCCCAUGAAGGCAGCUCCGUCCUGCGGGACUUAGUGCUCAGCCCUGAUCUCCAGUACCUCUAUGCCAUGACUGAGAAACAGGUGACCCGUGUGCCAGUGGAGAGCUGUGAGCAAUAUACAACGUGUGCAUUGUGUCUGGGCUCCAGGGAUCCUCAUUGUGGCUGGUGUGUCCUACACAACAUUUGCUCACGGAAGGACCGGUGUGAACGAGCUGAUGAGCUUCAGCGUUUUGCCUCAGAUCUACGCCAGUGUGUCCAGCUCACCGUUCAGCCCAAGAACAUAUCAGUCACCAAAUCAGAAGUUGAGCUGGUUCUGCAGGCCUGGAAUGUCCCUGAUCUUUCUGCUGGUGUAAACUGCUCAUUUGAAGAUUUUACCGAGUCUGAAAGUCGCAUUGAAGAUGGUAGGAUUUACUGUAGCUCUCCUUCUGCAAAAGAUGUCAUCCCUAUUACUAGGGGACAAGGUGAUAAGCGAGUAGUAAAGCUCUACCUCAAAUCCAAGGAGACUGGGAAGAAGUUUGCUGCUGUGGAUUUUGUCUUUUACAACUGUAGUGUUCACCAAUCUUGUCUAUCCUGUGUAAAUGGGUCCUUCCCUUGCCACUGGUGUAAAUAUCGUCAUAUUUGUACUCACAAUGCAGCAGACUGUUCCUUCCAGGAAGGGCGUGUCAACAUGUCUGAGGAUUGCCCACAGAUCCUUCCAUCUACCCAGAUAUAUAUCCCUGUGGGUGUGGUGAAGCCCAUCACCUUAACAGCCAAAAACCUGCCACAGCCACAGUCCGGACAGCGCAAUUACGAGUGCAUCUUCCAUAUCCCUGGUAACCCCACCCGUGUCACUGCCCUGCGCUUUAACAGCACCAGCAUCCAGUGCCAGAACACCUCGUAUUUCUAUGAAGGGAAUGACAUCAGUGACCUUCCAGUGAACCUUUCUGUGGUGUGGAAUGGAAACUUCAUCAUUGACAAUCCUCAGAAUAUCCAGGCUCACCUGUACAAGUGCUCAGCUCUGCGUGAAAGCUGUGGACUGUGCCUCAAAGCAGACCCGCGCUUUGAGUGUGGCUGGUGCGUUUCAGAAAAGCGAUGUUCCCUGCGCCAACAUUGCCCAGCCUUUGAGGGCAGCUGGAUGCAUGCUAGUAAUGGCAAUAGUCGCUGUGCAGACCCCAAAAUCAUUAAGCUGUCCCCUGAAACAGGCCCCCGGCAGGGCGGUACCCGCUUAACCAUCAUCGGUGAGAACCUGGGCCUGAAGUUUGAGGAUGUGCGCGUGGGUGUGCGGGUUGGCAAGGUGAUUUGCAUUCCCAUCGAGAGAGAAUAUAUCAGUGCUGAGCAGAUCGUCUGUGAGAUUGGAGAAGCCAGCCCUAGCAAAAUCCAAGAUGCCCCUGUGGAAGUUUGUGUCGGGGACUGUUCGCCCAGCUACAAGGCCAUAGCCCCCAAAAGCUUCACUUUUGUGGCUCCAACUUUCUCACAAGUGACACCAGCUCGUGGUCCCCUCUCUGGAGGUACCUGGAUCAGCAUAAAGGGGAAGCACCUCAAUGCAGGAAGUGACAUCACAGUGACCAUCGGAGGGCAACCAUGUGCCUUUUCAUGGAGAAAUGCUGGUGAAAUCCGGUGUAAGACACCACCUGGCCAGAGUCCAGGGGAUUCACCCAUCCUCAUCCAUAUAAACCGGGCUGUACUUAGCAGUCCUGAUGUGACCUAUUACUAUACUGAGGACCCCACCAUUCAGAAGAUAGACCCUGAAUGGAGCAUCAACAGUGGUGGGACACUGUUGACGGUGACAGGCACCAACCUGGCCACUAUCAAGGAACCCAAAAUCCGAGCCAAAUAUGGCAGUGCUGAGAGAGAAAAUAAUUGCACAGUCUACAAUGAUACCACCAUGGUGUGCUAUGCCCCCUCCAUUGACAAUCCAGUCCGGAGCCCUCCAGAGCUUGGUGACCGCCCAGAUGAGAUCGGUUUUGUCAUGGAUAAUGUCCAGUCCUUGCUGAUCAUCAACAAAACCAACUUUGUCUAUUACCCAGAUCCUGUGUUUGAGUCCCUCCCUUCUGGCAUGCUGGAGCUGAAGCCAAGCUCCCCACUCAUCUUGAAGGGCCGCAACCUGCUUCCUCCAGCUUCUGGCAAUUCCCGGCUAAACUACACUGUGCUAAUUGGUGAAACUCCCUGUGCCCUUACAGUUUCUGAGACCCAACUUCUCUGCGAGUCACCAAAUCUCACAGGACAGCAUAAAGUGACGAUCAAGGCUGGGGGCUUUGAGUUCUCCCCGGGAACACUGCAGAUCUACUCAGACAACUUGCUGACCCUGCCAGCCAUCAUUGGCAUUGGUGGGGGUGGGGGCCUCCUCUUGCUCAUCAUCAUAAUCGUCCUCAUCGCAUACAAGCGGAAGUCCCGGGAUGCUGACCGCACCCUCAAGCGUCUCCAGCUGCAGAUGGACAACUUGGAAUCUCGCGUGGCCUUGGAGUGCAAAGAAGCCUUUGCCGAGCUGCAGACAGAUAUUCACGAGUUGACCAACGAUCUUGAUGGGGCCGGCAUCCCCUUCUUGGAUUAUCGCACCUACGCCAUGAGAGUCCUUUUCCCUGGCAUAGAAGACCAUCCAGUGCUGAAAGAAAUGGAGGUACAGGCAAAUGUGGAGAAGUCUUUGACCCUCUUUGGGCAGCUUUUGAACAAAAAGCAUUUCCUAUUGACCUUCAUUCGUACCCUGGAGGCACAGCGGAGCUUCUCCAUGAGGGACCGGGGCAAUGUGGCCUCGUUAAUCAUGACAGCCCUGCAAGGGGAAAUGGAAUAUGCCACCGGAGUGCUCAAGCAGCUUCUCUCAGACCUGAUUGAGAAGAACUUAGAGAGCAAGAACCAUCCAAAACUGCUCUUGAGGCGGACAGAGUCUGUGGCUGAAAAGAUGCUGACAAACUGGUUCACAUUCCUCCUGUACAAGUUCUUAAAGGAGUGUGCAGGUGAACCUUUGUUCAUGUUGUACUGUGCCAUCAAACAGCAGAUGGAAAAGGGACCCAUUGAUGCCAUCACUGGAGAGGCCCGCUACUCCUUAAGUGAAGACAAGCUCAUCCGUCAACAAAUUGACUACAAAAUGCUGACACUGAAUUGCGUGAACCCUGAGAAUGAAAAUGCUCCUGAGAUCCCAGUCAAAGUCUUAAACUGUGACACCAUCACACAAGUAAAGGAAAAACUUCUGGAUGCUGUGUACAAAGGAGUACCAUACUCGCAGAGACCCAAAGCAGGAGACAUGGAUCUGGAGUGGCGGCAGGGCAGGAUGGCUCGGAUAAUACUGCAAGAUGAAGAUGUAACCACAAAGAUCGACAAUGACUGGAAAAGACUCAACACUCUAGCCCAUUACCAGGUGACAGAUGGUUCCUCCGUGGCACUGGUGCCCAAACAGAAUUCAGCCUACAACAUUUCCAACUCCUCCACUUUCACCAAGUCACUCAGCAGAUAUGAGAGUAUGCUCCGGACAGCCAGCAGCCCCGACAGCCUCCGUUCCCGGACCCCCAUGAUCACGCCUGAUCUGGAGAGUGGCACCAAGCUGUGGCACCUGGUGAAGAAUCAUGACCACAUGGACCAGCGAGAAGGGGAUCGUGGCAGCAAGAUGGUCUCAGAAAUCUACUUGACUCGCCUGCUUGCAACCAAGGGGACCUUGCAGAAGUUCGUUGAUGACCUGUUUGAGACCAUCUUCAGCACAGCCCACCGAGGGAGUGCCUUGCCUCUGGCCAUCAAGUACAUGUUUGACUUCUUGGAUGAACAAGCUGAUAAGCACCAGAUCAAUGACUAUGACGUCAGGCACACUUGGAAGAGUAAUUGUCUACCUCUGCGUUUUUGGGUGAAUGUGAUUAAGAACCCUCAAUUUGUGUUCGACAUUCACAAGAACAGUAUUACUGAUGCUUGCCUAUCAGUGGUGGCUCAGACAUUCAUGGACUCCUGCUCAACUUCUGAGCACAAGCUAGGGAAAGACUCUCCCUCCAAUAAACUACUGUACGCCAAGGACAUCCCCAACUAUAAGAGUUGGGUAGAAAGAUAUUAUGCAGAUAUUGCUAAAAUGCCAGCAAUCAGCGACCAAGACAUGAGCGCCUACCUGGCGGAGCAGUCACGGUUACACCUGAGCCAGUUCAACAGUAUGAGUGCGCUGCACGAGAUCUACUCAUACAUCACCAAGUACAAGGACGAGAUUUUAGCUGCUUUAGAGAAGGAUGAACAGGCCCGACGGCAACGGCUGCGGAGUAAGUUGGAGCAGGCAAUUGACACAAUGGCCCUGAGCAGCUGAAAGGGCCGAGACCACACUGCAGACUUCCCUAGCAGUGGAGACUAGAGAGAGGGCAAGCAAAUCGUGGCAGCAAAGGAAGCGAGCAGGAGUAGACGGGGGCCUAGCACAGAACCGUGCACAGAGUUUGCUGCGUCCUGGAACCCUUUACACCAAUGAGCAAGAACAACAAAGCAACCCUUAAACCAUCAUCAUGAAAAAUAGAACGAACCUGUCUAAAGACCUUUUGGAAGGAGCAACGUGGCAAAGAACCUGAAGGUCCCCAGGAGAUGCGCAAGGACGGCCAGGAAAAAGAGCUCCAGCUUGGCCGCACUGCCCCCUCUCCCCCACCAAGGCCUGUCCCAGAUCUGGCAGUGGAAGGUUGGGGGAUGCACUAACUUUAGGACAGCGUUUUUACAUUAUGGUUUUCCUGUAGCAGGCGGGUGGGCAGGCUUAUGAUUUUUCAUUCUGUUCUUGCUUCCCUUCCCACCUUGCCUGGACACUUUGGCUCUUUAUCUUCCUUUCCUUUCUCUCUCUGGCCUCCUGCCUCUAGUGUUAACUGCUAUAUUUGCACAAUUUCCAAAAAUUGGGUUUUUUUUAAAAAAAGUAAAAGCAUAGGGAUGAGGGAGGUUCUAAAUUUUCAAACAAACACUGCAGGUUUUUGUUUUGCUUUGUUUACUUGGUUGGGAUAGAAAUGGGAUUAAUGGGACUAUGAGGAUGUCCCACUAUCUUUGGUUCUUCCUACAUUUUGCCCUGUGCCAUGUUUUGUUUGAAUGUUUUUAGCACAGGCCAAAAGAGAAGCCCAUGUUUUGGAUGCUGCUUAAGAGGGUGCUGGAGGUAUAGACACAAGAAGGCAAAGAACUUCAAAAAGUAGGGAUUGCCAUGUGUAGCGAUUCACAAAGGGAGAUCUUUCCCAUUUGAUAUGACAGGCCUAGUAAAUUACUUUGUAGGAAGAGGUACACUUAAAAAGAACACUUCGAGCUUUGCCUUUUUAUACAUAAGUCUGGAUGAGCUAUUUAUAAGUUGAAUUUAGCAGCCCUUUUGAAGCUCUCCUUGCCCCAUCCGCCUUGUAUGCCCCUUGCUCAUUUGUAAGUUUUCCACUUGACAUAGCAGAACUUUCAAAUCAGCAUUUGAUCCUAAGAGGCACUGUGUAGACGGUGGGGCUGCCCAUUUGAACCGAUUCCCAGUAUUCUCUCUUCCAUUGUCAAGAAAAGCUCUUUUGGACAUAAGCCUAUGCAUGUUUCAACCUGCCGGCAGUCAUGGGCCCUUUUUCUGCCUAGACCUGCAUAGGAUUGUGGCUUUACUAGCAAAUGCAGUAGUAGGCGAUUGGGUCUGGGCCAUGCAAGAGCUCUGCAUCUGCCUGUAUUGGCUCUGUUGUCCCUCCGCAUUCCCACGGCACUGGCACUCUGCAGCAGUGUCGGCCCUGGGCAAGAGAAAUCACCAGGGCAGUCUUCAUCCAAAGAGAUGAGGAACAAAGGAUGAUCCGGCAUGGAGUUGCAGGAUAGCACUUACAGGAACAGCACGUACUGGGUUGCCCCCACCUUUUUCUUUUCCUACAGUUGGAUGUGUGCAUGAACACAUGUCUCACUAGAAUAUUUAAUUUAUACAUUAUCCCAUUUUCAGCAAAACGCCGUGCAUCUGCACAAGCAAGCAGGGACGAAGGCAAGAGAAAUGGUGUCUUGUAAUGAAAGUCGUCUUCACCUUCAACAAAACCCGAGUUAGAAAUAGUUGCAACGGAUUUGGGGGCAGGGGGUUGGCUAAUGAGAAAAGGGGAGCAGGUGCAAAGGGAGUGUGCAUCCUCAGUUGCAUGGCAAGGGGUCAGUAUCUCUCUUGUGCUGGCGUGUGGCAGCAGCCGUGAUCCUCAAGUGGAGAGAUUAAAUCCUUACAUCCUGCCAAGAAUCUGUGAGUUAGGGUGGACAACUUGUGGCCCUCCAGAUGCUCUGACUUACAACUCCCAUUAUCUGUCAUCACUGGCUAUCCUGGCUAGGCUGAUGGGAGUUGUAGGCCGCAAGUUGCCCAUCCUCAUUUUAACCAAUCUUCAGUGAAACACAAAGUUGUUAUCCAUAGCAUGUUUUGCUACCUUGGUUCCUGACCUCUCUAGGCAGUAGAGAAAUUAAAAUCUCAGUUGGAAUGGGACAACAUUGUCCACUUCCAUCUGAUGAAGGUACUACAGCUAGUAGAAGAGAAUGUAGAGGCUGCUCCUGUAAUUGGAGUCCUACAUCGGUUCUCUGCUAUUUGGUCCAACGCAAAGGCUUUCUCCUCUUUCCACAAUUCUGCUGGUCGCUGGCUGACUAUCUGGCUUUGGGCUUCCCUUUGUUAGCAACUGCCAUCACUGCAUUGCAGGCGGCCAGGGAAAGAGGUGCUCAUACAGUGAAAGGGCAGUCUGAUGAUCUUGGGAACCCGCACAUUAUCCACGCUGCAGGUGGGUACUUCUGGUGCAGCUAAAGGCAAGUGUUCUCUUAUUGCUGCCGUAGUGUCUUGUAUUGUGCAGAGAUGUUGUGUACACUUUAAGAUAGGGUUGGCUCCCACUUGAGUUAGGAGGUGUUCUCACUCUAAAGCAACCCCCAACCCCUGGAAAAGGUCCCUAGAAUUUUGUACAGCUGUCACUGCAGCUCUAUCUUUGAAAUGUGAAUUUUGUACUGUAGGAAAGGAGCCUUUUAUUUAUUAGCAAUCUUACAAUUUUGAGUGGGAGAUGGCAUUCAGCAUCACAGCACCCCUGCAAAAGAAGUCAUCCCCACUCCUGCUCUCAAUGUACAAACAUAUAAUUGAAGCUAAGGGAACAAGUGACUUUCCCUAGUUAAACUAGGAUUUGAUUCGAGGUGUUCAGCCCACGAUCGGUAUGCUGGCCCUCCGCCAUUCUGUUUUAAACUUUCCUGCGCCCAUGGAUGGUUUAUAGAUAAAUGCAUAAAAUAAAUGUCAAGCACACUAGCAGAGCAUUUCUGAGGAACCUGAUUUGGGUUUCUAACUCGCAUCACUGCUAAAGAACCAGUAAAUCUAGCUCCAGCCUGCUGCACAAGAAGUGAGAUAUGCCAGAUCUUCCAAGGGCCUCAUCAAGAUUUGUCCUGGGGCAUCUGUUUCCCUUUGCUUGCCCCUCUCUUUUUUUCAUCAUCUCUUCAUUCCACUCAAUCUUUAUUCAGACUAACAUUGCAAUCCUAUAUAUGACUACUCAGAAGUAAGUCCUGUUGCGCUCCAUGGGAAUUACUUCCAAGCAAGUGUGUUUAGAAUUGCAGCAUAACACCCUCAGUUGAGUUCUUGAUGGAUGUAAUGCCUUUAAUUACUAUUUUAGGUGCAUCAGUGUGAUGAAGCCAGUGCCCUAAUUCAACUCAGGUGACCAAAUCCACCACGUUUUCAGCCUUCACCCACCCACAACCAAUAGACUAAGUCGCUGUCACAGCCUCGGUAAUAAUGUUCCGAGAAAGGCUGUUGCAGGACAAACCAAGCCUGACACAGCCCAUUCCCUUAGAGUGCAAAUGAGGGGGGGAGAGAGAUGUAAUGAAGUUUUGAAUUAAAAUUUAAAAUGUGUGUGCGUGUGCGUGUAUAUAUAUAUAUGUUGUUACAAUCUAAUUCUUGUGCCCCAGUGGGGCACUGUAUAGUUAAACUGAAGGAGAUCAAACCAAUAUAAAAUACGGUUUUUACACAAGCAGUGCAAAAAUCAAAUGGGGAAAAUAUCGGACAUUUCUCACCAAGCAGAACAAUCUUUUGUGAAGCCUAUAUACAUCUCAGAUUGCUUUGUAAUUUUGUUUUUAGCCUUUUUAAUUAUUUUUUUAAUUAAAGAGGAGGAAGAGGAGAAGUCAAGAAGACAAUAAAAAUAAAUCAAAACAAAAAAACCCCUAUGGAAUUCUGAGAUAUCUCUGGUUCCAUAGGACUGUGGGCUGUUGCAUGACUGUGCUAGAGUUUAGUCUGAGUUGAUCUUUUUUAAAAAGAAAAAUGCAAGUGUUCAAUACUAGAGGUUUGUUUAGACCUUUUUAUUUUUGAAAUUUUGAAUUAAUUUGUCACUUCUUGUACAAGGGUGGGUGGGGGAAAGAAUGUCAAUGGUUUAUUUCUGGAAAAGGGUACCUUAAAGGACAGCUAAGUGUUGCUGCAUACAAAAUAGACCACAACAUUUCACUGAUUCCCCUUCCUUGGGCUUGGUUCAAAGUGUACUUGGGAGCAUAAAACUUUACAUAAUUGACACUAUGGAAAGAGGCAGAGGUGGGAUCUUUGGGCUUGGUGUAAGAGCAGCUCUAAACUUCCAGGAGCAGGUGACCAGAUCUUCCCUCUGUUCUGAUUUAAUUUGAGCCCACAUUCCUUAACGAAGAGCUGUCCACUUAGGCACCUCUUAUUUAGGCAUCUCAGCAAUAACAGUGAGUAACAGUGGGAAAGUUCAAUAGGAAAAAUAAAACUUUUAAAUGUCUUGCCUCAAAUAAGCAACUUUCUCUUAGGUUCUCCUUUUACAGUAAAAACACCAUAAGGUUGGAUAAAAUGCCAUCAGAGAUGGAUUAAUUUAAAGGACCUUCAGACGUGUCUUGGGAUGUACAUUCUUCUUGGAAGGCCUCAGUUCAUCACACCUCCUCAUCCUAAACUACUUACACACCUUGAAUCAAUGGAGUCAUCUACACUGUUCUGCAGCACGGCCAUGGGAAAGGAAGCUCUUGAGAAAAACAUCCCAGUACAGGGGACUUAAGAAAGGCAACUUUUUCCCCCAUGUCUAGGCUUUCUGCCAGGCAGAAAACUUUGGCUGAAAUAAUUGCAAGUUCACAAUUCACAUACCAGGAUGUAGGAUGGAUCUGGUUUGAGCAUCAGGUCGCUGAGAUUGGGUGCCUCCAGGUGUAGGUCUGCCAGCACUAUCCACUAAAAAGCAAAUGGACAGCAAUUCCAUCUUCUCCUCCUCAGCAGUUUUUCUACAGUAAGAAAACAAGGCAAAAGAAGUAAUGGGAAAACAUGGGAGAUUUGCAAAUAAAAGCCAUCUGAGCACACUAUAAAAUUCCAUGAAUGGGAUGGGAUGAUGGUGCAAUAAAAGUCUCAACUGGAAGCCCUUUCUGGACAUGGACACUCAACUCCAUGUUGGGUUCUUGCAUAGAAACUUGGUUCCAUCCCCGCCUCAAGGGCAGGAGCAAGCACGGCGGUGGCAGGGCCUGCGUUAGACACCCAGCAACUAUGUUUGCACAUGCAUGCAUGCAUAGACGAAUAGGAUAAAUUUGACCAUGGAAAGAUGGUGUUUUCCCUGGUUUUAGAGGGAUGUAGCCCUCUUUUUGUGGAGUGGGGCACAGCUGCCAGUGCAGAAACACAAGUGUGUGUGUGUAUGUUUGUGGGGAUACCUUUUACGUCUCUUGUACUGCCUUCAGCAAUCCUACUUCUGCCACAGAAACGGAGCCAGUGGCUUUGGAGACAAUGCCUGAAGCAGGAGAGAAACGCAGUGGCUUUUCCACAGGCAGUGAGAAGUAAAUGGUGAGCAGGCAGCAGAGCACAAAUGGUCAUGAUUCUGCUGAAAUCAGCAAAUGGUUUCUGUGAGAAAAUACCUUUCCAGUGUGCUUGCUGAUGGGUUCAUUUGGAAUAGUCCCAUGGAAUAAGUAGAGAAUCUCUUUGUAUUCUUGACUAUCCUUGGUAGAGCAGUUUUAAACCAUUUUUUUCCUUCUACAGGCCCAAGUUUCUUCUACAUUAGUUCUCUGGAUUUGCUUUUUUUGCUCGCUCAUUUCUCAUGGAGCAGCCAAAUGACAUGUUAAAUCAUUACAAGCCUGUCUUUUCUGUGUGUCCCUUUAUUUUGUUUUGCUGCAGACUUGCUUUGUGGCAAAGUUUCUUGGUAGAAAAACGCACCUUUAUGACUGGCUUUUCUAGGUGAGCAGCUGGAGUGUUACUGAGGUUUUUAAGAGCUCCUGUGCUGAUCAUUUAUUCUGUUUGUGGGUCUUCCCGUUUUAUGGUGCUGUGUUAAACCUGGCUUAAGCAUGAGUGGUCAGUUGUCUUUUAAUUGUCUCAGUGUGCAUUUCUACUGGGAGAAGGCUUCUAUCAGUGCCUUCCUCAGACUUUUUUUUUCUUUUACACUGACAGGAGAUCAUCCAUAAAAACUUCUUCCACCUCCCUAAGGGAACAGCAACUGAAACGGGGGCAUUCAAGACAGGCUGUUUAAGGGACAAUUAAUAUGCUAUUCAUCACUAAUUGUCAUACCUGAACUCAUCUGGAAGCAAUAAAACAGCCUGAAGGCUACAAAGAGAUGAACACUGGAAACCUUUGCUGAAUGAGAUUUCGUUAUAGAGGAGUUUAGUUCACGCUUCUGUGGAAUCUCUUAGUUCUGCUUCCAGAUCAUGGCAGAAAUCCAAGGUUUCAGUAGCACUAAAGGGUUCCAGUGUGGAAGCAACUCCGUUUGCUAAGGUUCCACUUUAUUCUUCCCCUCCCAAUCCAUCCUUGGUACGUUGAUACCAAUAUCGAUCUAUCCCUAUUGGGGGAGAAAUGUCAGUGGUUAUCUUGGAGCAUUCCCAUGCCCUGUGUGAACAGAAAAAGAAGCAUGAUUCAAGCAAAACACAUGGAAAACUUAAUGUGUGAAUGGGUGUUGUCAAUACAGAUAACCAUAGUGUGUGUUUUAAGCACCCAUGAAGAAGAUACUCUUCAAAACCUGUUAGGCCAGUAAAAUCUUUACUUCCAAGCACUUUUAAGUUUUUAUGCCCCUCCUCCAUUUUCUUGUUUUUGAGUCAGGCUUAUCUUGGUAAUGUAUAUAUGACUAAAUGUUCACUUCAGCAGUGGCUUUCUAAGGUGCCUCAGCAAACUGGACAUCAAUUUCAAAGCUGGAAAUGCCUACUGUGGCCAGCCAGACAGCUUUUAGCCUCCGGGUGCUCACCCUACCUAUGUUUUGCUAAAGUCUAACUUAAUAGCCAUCUUUGAGGUCCAUAUAUUUACUGAGUUCCGGACUGGAACAGGUCGAGGGCUGUUUCCUUCUUGCUGUGUUUGUAAAUGGCCCAGAAAUACCUGCUUGGCUCCUGUUGGGCUAAAUGCUGGCCUGGAUGGGCAUUUGGUCUUAACCCAGCAAAGCAGUUCUUAUGCCUCUAACCAGUGCUUCCUUUAGCCUUUCCAUGGCCUUUUGCUACGUGCGAAGCUACCCUGUCUUUCCACUUACUUACCUUUAAGGUUGUAUCUACAUUCUACAUUCUGAUACAACCUGUGACCGCAUCUCUAUUACAAGUGUGCUGAACAGUGUGAGAAGAGGUGGGAUGUCACUGCUUUCCACAAGUUUAAAUAUUUUAUUAGCACUCUCAUCUGGUUUUACAUACCUACAAACGCCAUCUCAGGAUAAUAGUGCUGAAUGACAGCAGUGCUGACUCCCCUGGUGUUUGUACAGCGUUGCUGGACUUUGAAUUUGUGCAUUCAUAUAAUUAGCACUAGAGAAGGUCUUUUGAUGUCAUUUUGAUGCUCACAUGAGAAAGAAAACUUUUUAAAAGAGUCUGUUAACCCUUUGGGACCGGGUAGGAGUUUACUGAGGCCCCAUGAUGUCAUGGCCUCUAACAACUGAUGAUUUGACAAAAUUAAAUAGCAAUUAAACCUUAAACAUCAAAGUGUAGGAUUUAAAAUGGCAGGAAGCCUACAGUGAGGAGAGAUAGGUGUUUAGAAACAACCUGUAAAGUGGAUGUUUUAAAAAAACAGUCUAAAGCAGGACUGAGGACAAACGACCACUUGCUCAUUCCCCUUUGCCCAAGUGAUGAUAGGCAUAGAUAGCCAAGGCUUCCUAACAGCACCUAAUUAGCAGCAGGUGCCUAUGUUGGAAAAAGGAUUUCUGUUGUCCAUUAUUGCUUAUUUUCUACAUUUACAGCCAAGCACCAUGACAGACCAUUCUCAUCCAUAUUAUCUGUAAUCCCCUACCAGCAAACAGGAUUGCAGUAUUAACAUCUACAUAAAGGCUAUUACUUGAGAGUUCCCUACCAAGAGAGACAUGUGAAUCUAUCUUCUGUGCUUUAGGUGCUAUUUCAGUUUUUCACAUCCAUUAUUAAAAGCGCUUAAUCAUACUUCACCACCUCCCUUCUAUCCUCAAUUCCACAUUGCUCAUAACCUCAACUAGCGGUGCUGUCUAAAAACAUCUCAGGAAUAGGAUUGAAGGAACACCUGUGUAGAGAUGUUGAAUGUUUCAGCUUCUGAACAGAGCUAGGCUCAGUGCCAUGUACAAGAACCUUGGGUAUCCAUGGAGUACUCCUUUCCCCAUGCCAACUUCAUACCUUGGAUGGUUUGUGCAAGGCAGCCAGUGUUGGGCCUUCGUUCAUCUUCAGACAGGUCAGAGAGGUCAGCGCAAAGCAUGUUAUGGGUGGACGUGGUACGCUUCUGUUGGACAUCCAAUUCCAGGAAAGAGUGUGUUCGGGGAGCAUCCACAAUGUCGUGGAAUAUGAAGGUUUAGGAUGAAAAGCAGACUGGAGAGUGAAGCUAGCAGGUGGUACUCUAAAAAGGAUGUUGAACAAGACCUUUCCCCACUGCAGUUUUCCUCUGCUCUGGGCACUUCCAUUUCUUAGGUUUAAAAUGCAUACAGCCUUGCAGGAUCCUACCUCUCUCUCUUCCGAAGAAUGUCAAGGCCACCAUUAGCUGUCCUUUAAGAAAGGGAAAGGGGGCAUGGGAGGGGAGGAGGAGAGAAAAUAAGAAACAAAGAAUUUUAAUAGUAAAAUUUUAAAAAAGAAAAAAUCAUGAUAACUUUAUGUGAUUGUUUCAAACUUGAAGCAACUGUGCCAGUGUGGCAGGUCGGCACCCUUUGAUUGUGUAAAUAUCCUGCUAUUUCCUAUUUUAAUGUUCUUCAGAUUUAGUACUUGUAAAUAAACACACGCAUCAAGGAGAGAUUAAACAUUUUUGCUAAAUAGUG